CCUCACCUAAUCAGAAAGGGUCCGACUGACAGCCAUAAACGAACGCCACCGGCGCUAUUGCAUACACACAUACACACACAUACAUAUCGUAUCAUACCGUACCAUACCAUCAUCUUCACCUAGUCUCUUAUUUCCCGCCUCAGCUUUCCGCACCGCUAACUCCUACCUACCACCACUGUCAUCCACACGUUUCACUGAGCAAAAGAAAAGCCCCAAAAGAGACGAAGAAGAGGAAGAGAGGGGAGAGAUAGUACGAUACUAAUAAUAAAUCCCAGUUCUAAGACUCGUCAUGUGCGCCACCUUUUUUCUCUAUAGUCGCCACGGUCAUCAUCAUCAACAACAGCUACCCUCACCCCCGCAAACGAGGCAUAAAGUCGCGAGCUAAUAAAACAGAGGGGGAAAAAGAGCUUGGGAAAUACGAAGGAGCAAGAGGAGGAGGAGGAGGGGUGGAAUAUCUGAGUCAAGAGAACGGGAGUCAGAGAGCGCGAAAGGGUGAGAGGCAGACAAGAAGGAUUCUCUCCAACAUAAGCAGCCAUGCCCGAGUUCUUCCCCUUCAUCCAGGGCACCGAAACAAACCGGCAGCACGCGAGCGACGCCUCCCCGCUCCUCGGCCGCUUCCGCGCCGUGCCCCCCGCCCCGCGAUCCCAGGCCCAGACUCAGACCCAGCAGCAACAGCACCUUGGACUGCUAUCCGUAGGUGGCGGCCGUGGUAGCGUACACGUCGGAUACGGUGCUCUCCUCGCCGCGGCCGGACUAGCUAGUAGCGACUACGGGUCCGACUCGGACUCGGAUGACGACAGUGACGAUGAUGGUAACGAUUAUGGUAAUAAUAAUAAUGGUAACAACAGAGGGUGCGCAACAAGGAUAUGGCGGUCCUUGCGCCGUGUCGCGCGCAACUCGCGCCGAACCGUGAGAGACCUGUUCAUUACACCGCGGCAGAAGGCCGUUAAGCGUGUAGUUGAGAAAUGGUGGAGUCGCUGGGGAGUCUUGGUCAUCUUGCCUGCCGCAUUGGCAGUAGCAUGGUGUGCCCUCCCAUUCCCGCAGUAUCCGCUCCCGCCGGGCUCGCACGCCCACCACCCCCCGCCGAGCUCCCCCUCCGAUAGCCACAGAGUGCCCGGCCACGGCGAGGUGCGCGUGCGCGUCAACUUCUGGUUCUUCCUCUUCGUCUACUACGGCUUCUACAACCUGACCGCCCUGAUCUGGAUAACCAAGGUAUUCAACCUCUACUCCCUGAACUGGUGGCCCUCGACCCUCGGCUUCCCCCUAACCGUCUCCCUCAUCGCGAUUUUGUCACUUGCAGCGCCUAUCCCCGUCUACCUGACCCCCGGCGCCCACUACCUCACGAUCCACAACACCGCCUGGAUCAGCUGGACCUUCGUCAUCAUGGCCAUGCCCGUGGCUAUCGCCUUCUGCAUCCUCAUGACGCACGAGCGCCACCUAGGCCUCCGCUACUCCCUCAGCGACACCCAGCGCAUCUUUACGAGCUCCUGGUGGACCGGAAAACCGGACACGCUGUCCGCGACCCGCGACUACAACCGGCGUCGCGGGAUAACCGGCCGAGGCGCCGCCCAUAACGCGUUCGAGCCCGAUGCCGCCCUGCAGGUCGCCGCCGACGAGCCGCGACCCAGCAUACCGGGGUUCAUGCAGCGGCGCCGCCGCUGGCUGCCCGCCAGCUUCGUCCGCUUCGUCUGGUUCUGUCUCGCGCUCGCCGUCAGCCUGCUGGCCUACCUCAUAGGAGAAGCCUAUGCCGAGAUCUAUCUGCGCACACUGCCGCACAACAGUUUCGAAACCAUCGUCUACGUCUACAGCUGGGUCCUGACGGUGCACUUGCUCGACGCGCUGACGGGGUGGAUUUUGGGCCCCCCUGAGGGGGAGCGGGUGGGGAGUUAUCCAUUGAGUUGGAUCUUUAAAUUAUACUUUAUGCUAACAUAUCAGACCUACGUCCGCGCCCUGUACGCGCGCCUCCGCUCGCCGUCGCAGUUUAUCUGGCUCCAAGCCUUGUCCUCCGGCUUCCUCAUCCUCCUCACCCCCUUGACCAUGACGCAGACCUACCACCGCAUCCUCUCGAUGCUCGGGCUGACGGGCCAGUCGUACGCCUCGUACCAGAAGAUCUGCACGCGGAACGUCUUCAUCCGCUUCCUGGCGGAGAACGUGAGCAUGCUCACCUUUCUGGGAAGCAUUCUGGUGCUGCACUUCGGCCCCAACAAGGACGUGUACCCGUACUUCGCCUUCGACGACCCGGACGAGCUGUACGACUUCGAUCUAACUUUUUACGCGUCCAUCGUCACGUGGGCGUGCGAGAUCAUGGCGGGCAUCGUGCUCAGGGGCCUGAUCCGGUGCAUCUUUGGCGUCAACGCGAGCGUCGAGGGCAAGAUGGACCUGGCGGUGUGGCCAGAGCUGCUGCCUACUAGCGUGGCUGUCAUGCUGCACGUCCUGCAGAGCAUGCUCUUCUCCAUCAUCCGCUUACACUUUCGGUGAACGGGGAUAUUUGGAAGAAAGGGACUUACUUCAUUCAUACAUACAUAUAUACAUACCUAACCUAGUAGUACCCAUAUGGAUGGUUGAUGCUUGAUGUGGAGCACCUGGAUUGGUCGGUCGGUCGGUCGGUCGGCCCCCCCAGAGUGUGUUUUGCAGUUUGCAGCUCGGUUAAGCGUGGCCAACGAAUGCGCUUCGACGUCAAAGGGGUCAAGGGGAACGAACUGAAUGAAAGCAAGCAAGCCGAUCGAGCGUUAUUCAAUCGCAAAAAAGAUCAUUGAAACAACAUUAUGUCGCGGGGUACAUGGGAUAGAGAGAGAGAGAGAGAGAGAGAGAGAGAGAGAAAAGACUUGAACUGACUGACUGACUGACUGUGCUCAGUCGACUUUCGAACUUUUCUCUGGUUAUGUAUCCCACCGCCGGACUCUAUUCCGCGCCGUGGGCAUCUAUUAUCUCGUUGCUUGCUUGUUUCGCCAAAGCUUUUUCGGGGGGGUUUUUUCCCUCCUCUCCUCUCCUCCCCUCCCCUCCCCCCUUUCGUUCACUUAAAGUUAAAGUUGUUGUUGUUGUUGUUGUUGCCCAUGCAAAGGUGCCCAAGGCGGAGUAGGAUGAUACCCUUUUUAGAAUAAAUACCGUAGAAUUAGAUAUCCCCCCCCAACUGACUGACUGACUGACUGAC